AUGCCUAGAGACGAUCUCUCCAUAGACUUCGUAAAGAAGAUGGCGCCCUCGACCGAGGCGCAAGACCCUGCCGCCAUCCUCGAAGACUUUAUCCAUCGAACCGCCAAUCUGCCCGAAGAGAUUCGCUUCAUCCAGGACGAGAUCGCCGAUAAAGACCGCACAUAUCAGGAGUGUGUUAAGACCAUCGAAGAGAGCGACGCUAAGAUCCAGCGCUGGAUUCGUAUGAACGGUAGCCACACGCCUUUCCCCCGCGAACAGAUGUUGCGCGAGACCAUCCGCGAGAACUACACCCGAGCCGAUAAACUUGCCGAAGAGAAGAUUCAACUGGCUCAAAAAGCGCAGUCGCUUUUUGACAAGCAUAUUCGUCAUCUCGACCUACAGAUCAAACAGCUCAGCGACCGAAACGAACCUGGUUUUACCGACCCCGAUGAGAUACCCUCCGUUGUACGACCGAGCGCUGCCAACAAUAGCAACACCAGUCUUCGGGUGCUGGCGGUUUCGACGGCCAGUAACACGCCUCUUAACCCUAUCACUAACAAUGCGACCCCGAACGGAUCGAGAGCUGCCAACCCCCAAAUCCGGACCACUCAGUCGCAAGCCCACAUCUCCAGCUCGGCGCCCGCUUCCCCCGCCGCAAGCAUAAUCAUGAACAGCCGCAACCAGCGCGAGUCCUCUGCCGGACCUGGAGGCGGUGCUCCCAAGAGAGGUCCACGAAUAAGUUCCGGUCUAGGCAGCCUGCCAACAGCAUCGAGUGGAUUAGCUCGUCAUUCUUCUCUCGGACCGGGGACGCCUAAGGCAGGGACGCCGGGGGCAUCGAGAGCAGGUAGUGCCGGUCCCCGAGCCAGUUCGAAGGCUGGGAGCGUAGGUAUCGGACGGAAAGGCACACCAUCUGCGGGAGUUAGUCGAAAGAAGCCUCCGCAUUCGAAGUCGACGUUAUCGCGUGUUAAACGAGCGGGUAUGUCCAAGGGGUCACCAGCAUCAACAGCAGACAGCGAGUUAUCAGACGCAGAAUCGGUGCGGUCGUCGCGUGCUGGGUCUCGGGCUGGUAGUGGUACACCCGUGCCUCGUCCACAUCACCACCAUCACCGUAAACAUUCGCACCUCGACAGAGACGAGGAUAUGCCAGAUAGAGGAUCGGUAUCGGCAGGGUCGGGAGGAUCAGAUGACGAGGACGAGGAAGGGAAGAAGUACUGUUUGUGCCAGCAUGUAUCGUACGGCGAUAUGGUUGCUUGUGACAAUCCGGCAUGUCCCUAUGAGUGGUUCCACUGGACCUGCGUUGGCCUCAAGUCCGAACCCGAAGGCCGUUGGUACUGUCCGUCGUGCACCGAGAACAUGAAAAAGAAGGGAAAAUAG